CCUUGUCCUAAAAAGACCUUAAACUUUUGUAACUACGUUCAUGACAAGGUUUCCUAUUUAUAUUUGAAGGCCGUCAAUUUCAUAAUCUUUUACACAAAUUCUCAUCCCGAGUUCGGCAGGGAUUUCAUUGACGCGUUGUCGUUAAUAGGGAGAAGACUGCAGUGGUUCACAUGUGGUAUCGAAUACCGUGGUCCUACUACUGACCUAGUGGAAAAUCAACCUUGACUCCAACUGGUGUGGGGGAGUUUUAUAUUAAAUAGAGCUUUAAUUACGACUGCAUGCAUACCAACCAACCACAAAAGUGACCACAAAUUAAUUGGACGCCAACCGCUACAACCACCAACUAUACUCGAUCAGUACACUUAACCAACUACAUACAUAACUAACUAUUAGUUAGUUAUGACUUUGUGCACGAGUAAGUAAAUUAGAGAUUGGAUUUAACCACUCAUUAUUAUUGAAUGAAUCUCAGCCAUCUCUCUUUACGUCUUCAUGCUCUCAGUCGAAACCGGACGUCCUCCAAGAAUGUUGUUGUUACCAAGCGUUCACGUCCACCACCAUAAGAAGAUCAGCAGCACCUCUUCCUCUUCUCCAGUAUCUUAAUUGCAUCCCCCACUUUUUGGGGGAUAUGAACACACCAACGACGGAGACCUCUGCUAACGAUGUCCUCCUCGGUUUCGCCACCCUCCUCCAAAUUUCCGCUGUGGCGACCAACGCCCCCAUUCUGGUCGUUAUUUGGUCACGUCGCCUCCUUCGGAGUGCGUCGACACGAUUUGUAUUCUCUCUCUGUGCGGCCCACCUCCUCCUAAACUUAUUUCUUGUAGGAUGGGCGUGGUUCUUUGAUCAUGCGCCGUCCUCCCCGGUCCCCAUUUUGGCUGGACUCGUCGUCCAAUUAGCCUCCCUUGGGUUAUUGACGCUAAUUUCACUGGAUCGCUACAUAGCCAUCGCGCGUCCCAUGGAAUGUAGAAAUAUCUUGACGCCAAAACGGGCUCUGCUUGGCAUUUUGAUCGUGUGGGGCGUUGCCUUGUUUGUCGUCGUCGUCCCGGGGUUAGCCCUCCUCCCGUAUGAGGAGGACAGGUGGGUGUGGGGGGUGUAUUUUGGUCUACUCUUGGGCGCGGCGACGAUUGCGGCGAUAACGUUGAUGACGCUGGCGUAUUCGUACAUUUUUGCGAUCGCCCGAGAAAAGUGUCGCACCGUGCGUCUCGGUGAAUUUCGCCAGGAAAGGGGCAGCAUUUCGUCCGAAUGGGGGACCUCGGUCGGUGGUGGGGGUGGAGUCAUGCUUUCGCCGAGUAGUAAACCACUCCCCCGCGGUUCCUCGUCGCAAUCUCUGCUCCACCGGCUUCUCCAGCAACGCCAGUCAGCUAGCCCACCCACUUCCAUCCGCUCCGCCCCCUGUUCUCCCACCAUGCAGCAUAACGAUGCCGGCCUACGUCGCGCCAAACGCCGCUGGCGAGCCUACCUCCGCCACAAUUAUAAUUCGCCCAAAAAAACCGUCGCCACAAUUUUAUCCUUGAUCGGAUCCGUCGUCCUCUGUUCACUCCCUCCUGCCGUCGCGCUCCUCAUAUCCCCCUCACUUUUCGCCCCCAUCCAAGCCCUCCUCCUCCCCCUCUCCUCCAACCUGCACCCCCUUCUUUACGGCAUCCUCAACCGCGCCAUUCGCCACCACCUCGUCCACGGGAAGAGAGCCUCGCUCCCAAAAUCGUUGCGACGAAGGCUCAAAAACAAAGAAAAACCGAGAAAGAUAAGCACCCUGGGAGAACUGAGGUCUGUUUAUGUCCCUCCGUCACGAAGAGUGAGACCAACUCCAUACAUCCAUCCGGGAAGUCGGAGAGGGUCAACGACCUCGGAGGAAGAGAGAGAAACACCACUUUUACAACCCAUGGCCAGACCACGAUUAGAAACGGGGUACAUUGGUCAGUGGGGGAAUAAUAAUAGGACCCCGGUCGUCGUCGUGGUCGAAGAUGAUGGCGACGAGGAGGAGGAAGAAGAGGAGGAGGUGGCAGCUCCACCACGAAAAAGCAGUACCGAUUCUGGCGCAGAUAUGCAUUUCAGUGAAGGCGAGGAAGACGUGGAUAACGAAUUGGAAUCGAAUCGCCUCACCGCCCUGUGUAAUUAUCUGUCCACGUCAAAGUCGGAGUCUGACCUGUGUUCUUAUUUAGUGAGAAGUCGUGAUAAGAAUCACAUUAUGCCGGCGGAUUUUACGACGAAAUUGUCCAUUUCGGCGGAUGGGGAUCUCAACCGUGGCGUGGGAAGGAUAAGUAUAGCUCCUUUGUUGAAAGGGUGAUUAAUUGAUAAGAGACUCGAUAAGAGCAAUUAGAGGCUUGAUAAGCAUUUAUAUAUAUACAAGUAUUUACAUAUUUAUAAAUAUAGAAAUUUUUUGGGUAGAGAGAAUGCCAAAUUAGUGUUAAUCUUAUUUUGAUAAAGUUUGACGCCAUUUAAAAAGAAUCGAUGUUUAUAAAAUACAUAAUCUCUUAUUUCCAGAUUGUGUCGUGAUCAACGUCAUAUUUACAAUUCAUAAAUUAUUCUUUUAUAAGUUUAGCAAAUAAAAAUCCAAAAUUUGCCUCUC